AUGGCGCACCCCAUUCUGUCCCUCUGGCUGCUGGUGUCCAGGCUGGGUCCUCAUGCCUGUGGCCAAGGGGCUCCUGACCAGGAAAAUCUUCCAACUGCAGUGACCCCGCCAGCCUCCUCGACGUUCCUGAACAAUUCCCACUUUGCCUUCAGCCUGUACCGACAUAUGGUAGCCCCAAAUCCAAGCAGGAACAUUCUCUUCUCCCCACUGAGCUUCACCAUCCCCCUCACUCUGCUGGCCCUCAAGGCCAAUGCAGACGUGCGCACCCAGGUUCUGCAGGGUCUGGGGUUUAGCCCCACCAGGGUCCCAGACAACCAGGCCCACGUGCACUACAGUCAGCUUCUCCGUGGCCUCCUGCCACCCGCUGGGGAGUGCCGCACAGACACGGGCAGCAUACUGUUUGUGGGCCAGAAGCAAAUAGUGCUACCGAAGUUCACUGAUCUCGCCCAGAAUCUGUACCUCACAGAGGUCUCCUUCACCUGCUUCAAGAACUUCCAGACGGCCAGAGAUCAGAUGGACCACUUCACGAGGAAGAAAACCCACGGCAAAAUUGGGACACUUGUCCAGGAUCUGAAAGCAGACACUGUCUUAAUUCUAGCCAAUUAUAUGUUCUUUAAAGGGAAAUGGAAAUAUCGCUUUGACCCAAAGCUCACUGAGCUCAGACCUUUCUCAUUGAGCCAGGAGCUCACGAUCCUGGUGCCCACGAUGCUGCGGCUGGGCUGGUUCCAGCUCCAGCGUUUGUACCACCUGCACAGCUAUGCCCUCCAGCUGCCCCUCAUCUGCAACAGCACCGCAGUCUUCAUUCUUCCUGACAUGGGGAAGGUCAGGGAGACAGAAGAGGGACUCGUGAAUGAGAAUUUUGACACAUGGACUCAGCCCUUCCCGCUAAGCAGGAGGAGGCUGUAUUUUCCAAAAUUCUCCCUACCUGGGAAUUUUCAAUUGGACCAUCCUGUGACCGAAACAGGCAUCUCAGAUCUAUUCAGUUGCCACGCAGGCAUCUCGGGAAUUUCUCUACAAAUCAUGCCCAUGAAGGUCUCCCAGGUGGAGCAAGGGGUGGAGCUGACCGUGGAUGAGGAAGGAGCAGAAGAGGAAGACAUCACCAACCUCUGGUCCUUUCCCAUGUCCCUCAUCCCCGCCAUCCAUUUCAACAGGCCCUUCCUACUAUUAGUUUUUGAGGAAAGCAGCCACAACCUUCUCUUCAUGGGGAAAGUGAUGAAUCCCAAUGCGAAAUCAUAG